AUGAGUGCUCCAUUCAACUUUGGUCAAAGACCGCGUGGUGUUAUCAAACAGGAAUGUCUUUCUGCAAAUCGACUCAAUCAGAUUGACUUGAUUCCCGAGCCGGUCCCCAGUUUCGAACUGACCCUGAAACAGUAUGAAGAAUUGGAUAUGCGUGAUUCUGCGACCAAGAUUGUGGAUUCACUAUCCACUCGAAAAUUGAUUCUGAGUCUGAUGAAGUAUCGACCAGAGCUGUGGAACAAACCUGGUUCGAGAGUACAAGCCAGGAAUUGGAAAGAACUGGGAUUAGAUCUUUUUCAUAGAACUGGAAUUUUUGUGAACGUUGGCUCCCUGAUUCAUGUCUUCAACUGUGCAAAACGAGCACUCAAUUCAAGAAUGAAUAAAUGUUCUCGGGAUAACCAAGGUGUCGCUGAAACUGAAGCUGUAAUGUCUCAAUGGGAGUUGUUCCAAAGUUUUCGAUUUUAUUACGAAUUCAAAACUGCCAAUAGACAUUUCGACGACGAAGAUGAUGAUGACAUCGAGUUCCUCGGAAGAUAUUCACAGAACCCUGAGAGAAGAGAUCCUUCGCCAGAUUUUGAUUAUUCUCAAGUUUAUCCAGAUGAACCCGUCACGGAAAACUUUUCAUCUUCGCCAACUUACGAAAAAAUGAUUGCUGACCACUACCAAUCGGGAGUUUUCGAGGGUGAUCAAGAAAUGAAUCAUUUUGAAAAGAAACCGAGAAAACGUCCGUUGGAGAUUUCUACAGACAACGAUGUGGAACAUGUUGGUUAUCAAAUGAAAAGAGUUUUAAAAGAGAAUCCAGAAAAGGAGAAGCUUAUCAGAAAGGCAAUGUUUGCCACUAUUCUUGAGUUCGACGAUUCAAACUUCCACGAUCUGGGAGACCUCUUCACAAGUUUGGCAGAGAAAUACAAAGUAGCUGAUAAGAAAUACAACUUCUGA